AUGGCAUACGUCCCACCCGCUCUUCGCAAGAAGCAGCAGGUCGCCGACAGCGGCUCCGGCGACAAGCCUGCCUCUACCGCCGGAAACGGAUUCCAUUCGGAGCGGCUGCCACGCGCUGAGGACGUGCACGAUCAUUAUUGGCCGCCGGUGGAACUCGAAGCAGGCGAAGGCAUGCGCUCGACCGUUCACAGCACGCUCAACUCGUCCACCUCUGAGCCCGACCGGCUGAAGUAUAUCAUGCUCUUCAAGGAAGCCAAUCCGCGUUGGGAAGCCGAUCACCUCAUCUACGUCAAGACAAACUUGCAUUACCUACCCGGAAGCGAGAGGUUCGUCAAUGCAUCCGUCAGCAGCGAGCAGCCUGCCGGGAACGGAGAGCUCAAUGGUAAGACGGAUGACCACUCUAGCAAGAAGCCACUCCAGCCUGAGGCACCAUCGUCGGCUCACCAACCUUCCGGCUCUACUCACACCCCGGACCUGGCUGACUACCAGAUGGAACCGAUCGCCGUCUUCGAGCAGGUCGGAAACCGAAGCGGUGGUUUUCGCUUCAUCGGCUAUCACAAAAUCGCCCGCUUGCAGUUUCUCGAGCCCGGAAGCCCUGAUCUGGUCCGCAUGCUAGAACAGAAGUUCAGCGCCACUGACAAGUUCGGUCGCGUGGUCCAGCAGCAGCGUAGCCACGCAUCCUGGAAGGCAAGUCUCGAACAUCGAUGGGCAGUCAUGAAGCUGGAGAAAGAUGAGGAUGCGGAGAAGAGUCUGCAUGCGCCAGAUGUCAAGAUCCAUGACAAGAAAAAGAAAGAUACCCCACGGAAGAGCGUCAAUGAGCUGUUAAAGGAGAUGAGGCCGGGCAAUUCGGAGGCCCAAGCUGAGGGCGAGGGUGCGCAGCAUCCAUCCUGA